AUGGAGUAUCCUAACGUACUUCCUCCAUCUAACGCCAGCGGCACACCUGUAUCACAACGACUUGGGCGAUUUCCUGUCCACGAUCGACUUCCUGACCGCGACGAGAUCUACGAUAGAAUGGAGAAAGAGGAAAGGCACCAUUGGGUUGGCCCGAUGUCGAAGGAGGAGUUCUUCUCUAAGUAUAUGCAUCUUGAUGCCGAUGUCGAACUUCCCACUAUCCCCAAAGACUAUUUCAACGGGGUUCCCAAAGGUGGCUUGGAAGUCGACAUGUAUGAGCCUCUGAUUAACCUAAUCCACCGUGCUAAUCUUGGGAACUCAACCUUCGAAUUCAUCAAUACCUCGGCCCAUGCAGACCCCAAUUCUCUUUUUUAUAAGAAGAUUCAACCCGACAUCUCGACACACCACACAAAGGACGAAGAAGAUCGCGAUCCUGAUCAGAAGAACAGAACAGCCUUCUACAAGCAGCAGCUGCCCUUCGAGCUCAAGACUGGCAAGCUCUCGCCCUUCUUGGACCCUCCAAAGGACUGCACCGACGAACAGCGUCUGAAGCACCCGUUCGAGAACGUCAGUCAAGACGCACGCGAUCUGAGAGGACAAAUGGCCACCGUCCUCGCAGAGAUGUCUGCUCGCCAGUUCAGAACCCACGCCUUCAUGGUAUUCAUGAACGAGACCGAAGUUCGUUUCCUGCGCACAGACCGAACUGCCACGAUCGUUACUGAGGCCAUCAACUAUCGCACCGACUCCGACGUAGUAGCCGAGUUCCUGGCUCGUUUCUCGCACAUGACCGAUGCCCAACGCGGUGUCGACGAGACGGUAAAGCCCGCCAAACCCAAAGAUAUCGAGGAAGCACGACAGCUCCUGCAGCAUUAUCAGAAGGAGCCUGAAAGGUUCCUGCCUUGGGUUGCGAUCCAAGUUCCCACUCUCGAUGGAUCUGUUCGCGAAGUCAUCGCACGCGAGCCAAUGUCUGAGCCCGAUUCUCUCACUGGCCGAUCGACUAGGGCGUUUCCAGUGUACGAUCUGCGAGAGAAGAAGGUCAUGUUCCUCAAGGACACCUGGCGAGCGGAUUUGCCUGGUAUGGACCGGGAAACAGAGAUUCUUCGGCUUCUCAACGAAGCAGGAGUAGAGCAUGUCCCAAAACUCGUUGACGGCGGCGAUGUUCAUGGAGAGUAUCACAAUACUCAAUCGCACUUGUCUGAAGAAGCGCCAUGGAGAGCCGGUCCUCUUGCCCCCCUCGUGCCUCGUGCUCACCAUCGAUUCCUUGAAGAUUUCCUCGGCAUUGAUCUAGCUCGAUUCCGAAAACCAAAAGAGCUGUUCCAAGUUGUUGCCGACGCUUUCGAGGCUCAUUGUCAGGCAUUACAUAAGUGCGGAAUUCUCCAUCGCGACGUGAGCGUCAACAACAUCAUGAUUGGCGCUGGAGGUCGUGGUGUGCUCAAUGAUUGGGACAUGGCCAAGAGGGUCGGUAUCCCUGGCCAAACACCUCCGCCCCCUCCCCCAGAGGCUUUGAAGAGGCACUGCUAUCGAACUGGGACGUGGUAUUUCCUGUCUGCAUUGAUGCUCAUCAAUCCAAUCAAAAUCCACACUCUUCAAGAUGAUAUUGAAUCUUUUUUUUACGUUAUCUUCUACUACGGCCUGCAUUUCCUCCACCACAACCUCGAUGACGAAGAAGUCCAGCGAAUUAUCUCCAAAGUCUUCCAGGAAUCUUCCUACGACCAUGUACUUCGUCAGUUCACGGGCGGUGAUGGAAAGCGCGCUAUGAUUAUGCACCGCAGGUACAUCACCCAACGGUUCACAUUCACCGACAACCCCGCGCUGUCGCAUUGGUUCGACGAUGCGCGGAAGGCCCUUGCAUCCUAUCAUAAAUGGGUGGACAGCGUCGAGGAAUUCAGGCUUGCCGAGCUAGAUGCAAAAGCCAAGGGCUACCCUAUCGACGAAGAUGAUCGCCCUGCCCCACCAGAAAGCCUCAAGUUAGCAAGCCAUUCUUACUUCCGACAGCUCUUUAUCUCUGGGCUGGCCCGCAAUGACUGGUCAUCCAAGCGUCUUGGGGUUCUUGACGGUGUCGAUGCUCAACCCCCUGCUCGAACCAGGGGCUCUCUCAAACGACCACGCCCUGCCGAUGUCGAUGACUUUCCCGACUCGCCUUCGAAGAGGCCAAAUUCAUCGUCAAUCAAAUUCAGAAUUUUUGCAAAGUCGAUAUAG